AUGUCGAGACGCUAUGACAGUCGCACGACAACGUUUUCUCCGGAAGGCCGGCUGUUCCAGGUGGAGUAUGCAAUGGAGGCCAUCAGCCAUGCGGGGUCGGCCAUAGGCAUUCUCGCGACGGACGGCGUGGUGCUGGCGGCUGAGAAGCGCAUCACGUCGAAGCUGCUGGAGAGCAGCAAGACGAACGAGAAGAUGUACCGCAUUGACGACCACGUGGCCGCUGCUGUCGCUGGGAUCACAGCUGACGCGAAUAUCCUUGUGAAUUCCGCUCGCCUCGCUGCCCAGCGCUACACGUACGCGUAUCAGGAGCCCAUUCCCAUGGAGCAGCUAGUGCAGUCUCUGUGCGACACCAAGCAGGGCUACACGCAGUUUGGUGGUCUGCGUCCCUUCGGCGUCUCCUUCCUCUUUGCAGGGUGGGACAAGCAUCAUCAAUUCCAGCUGUACCAUUCAGACCCCUCAGGGAACUACGGUGGCUGGCGAGCGUGUGCCAUAGGAGCCAAUCACGGCGCAGCACAGUCUCUGCUGAAGCAAGAGUACAAGGAGGAAAAGGGGCCGGGAGGGGAGGCGAUCCCAGGGAUAGACCUGGAGGGGGCAGUGCAGCUGGCGCUGAAGGUGCUGAGUAAGACCAUGGACAGCACGAGCCUGAGUGCGGAGAAGAUUGAACUGGCUAAAGUGUGCCUGGAGGAUGGCCAAGUCAGGUACCGUGUGUUUGGGGCAAAGGAGAUUGAUGAGUUGCUGCUCAAGUAUGAAAUGGCUCAACCCAAGGAGGAGGAGAGAUGA